UUGAUGGAUUCAUAGAUGAGUUGCAAGCCAUGAUGCCUGCUUCUAGAAAGUUUCCCGCUGGUUUGCGGGUGCUCGUUGUUGAUGAUGAUCGAACAUGUCUCAUGGUCCUAGCGACCACCUUAAGAAAGUGCAAUUAUGAAGUGACCAAAUGCGAUAGAGGAGAGGCGGCAUUAUCCUUACUGAGGGAAAAUAAAAGUGGGUUUGAUGUGGUUAUUAGUGAUGUUCACAUGCCAGACAUGGACGGAUUCAAACUCCUUGUGAACGUUGGCCUUGAAAUGGACCUUCCUGUUAUAAUGAUGUCCGCUGAUGACAGCAAGGAUGUAGUUAUGAAGGGGGUUACUCACGGGGCCUGUGAUUAUCUAAUAAAACCUGUGCGUAUAGAGGCAUUACGUAACAUCUGGCAGCAUGUGGUUAGAAAAAAGAAGCAUCUACAACCCUCCUCCGAUGAUGGUGAGAAACAACCCAAAUACUCCGCUUCCGCCAAGAGAAGGAGACACGACGAGGAGGAAGAGGAUUCUUCCUCUGUGAAGAAGCCUCGUGUUACUUGGACCCAACAACUUCAUCAACAGUUUCUUGCAGCCGUUAUUCAACUUGGAUUCGACAAGGCUGUCCCGAAGAAAAUUUUGGACCUCAUGAAUGUUCCGGGAAUAACACGAGAAAAUGUUGCAAGCCAUCUUCAGAAAUUUCGGCUUUAUCUUAGAAAACUUAAGGCGGAGCAAUUGGAUGGGAUGAAAAUGAAGCAAGAUGCAGGCUAUGAGUUUGAUCUUGAUUCUAUAGCAGCCGUUGGUCAAGUCCAAGCUGCCGCGGGGGCUCUUGGCAGGCCAGGAAACUCACUAGUUGACCAACAUGGGUCCUUUCUUCAUGGUAUGCCUUCUUUCACGGGCAUGCAUAAUAGCCAACCUCUGAUUCCUAUGCAUGAUGCCUUGAGACGACAGCCUGUUUUACCCUCAUCUCUAUUGGAUAUUCCGGGGAGUCAUAGAACCCUCCAACACAUAGAAGCCACACAAGGGUUUGUUUCAGGUUAUGAUCUUGUGAAUCAAAACAGAACACAUGCUUCUUGGGGUUUACAAGACUCGUCUCACCAUGGAUUGAAUAACUAUGCUUUGGGUAAUCAGGUAACUUUCUCGGCGGGGGAAGGUCCUAUUGUCCAAGGGGUAAAUGAUCUCUUAACCGCAAUCCUUACACAGGUUUGCUAUGAUUGUUUUUAGUGGUGUCAAAAUGGGCGGGUCGGUCAAAAUGUAGUUUAUUUUUUUAGACAAGACAUGGGUCAAAAUUACCUUCUUCUUUAUCUUUGUAUUGACGUAACAUAUUUCUUAUGGACUUGCCAUUUUCUGGUGUUGAACAGCAGCAACAAGACAUCGGAGACGUAGAAGAUGAGUAUGCAUACGAUUCGGAUAAUCUCCCAGAGUAAGGAAGCAGGAUGUUAUGCUUCAACUUUAGACAUUUCUAGUACAUACUGAUGAAUUCUGGAAGAUUUAUAAUCUUUUUAUCAUCAUAGAACAGUUCAAAUGUGCUAGCUUAUCUGCAGAUAUAUUAAACUUGUUUGCAUACUCUGAAACCUUAGUAAUAACCCAACUUUGUGAAUUGGCUUUAAGAUAUAUCAUUCCACUGGGCUCGUCCCCAGAAAUCACUAAGAA